GCUAUUUGUGUCCGCUACUGUGGGUCACCGAAAGCUGAGAAACUACACGAUUAGUGGUUGUCAUAAUAUGACGUUUUGGAGCUCAUUCAGAGAUGCUCUCUGUUGUAUUUAAAAGAAAAAGCACCGUAGCUGCCCAGAAGUUAUUGCACUUGGCACGACACCCACCAAAAUGUUGGCCAUCGUCACUUCUCAGAGUAACUAAUUGUGGAUCAGACCCUCAACUGGUCAGCUGGGCCUCCUUGGCCAGGCCGUCAACAGAAUGGCCUCAAGUUUCCUGGGAAAAGUAUUCUCCUGUCGUCCUUGCUUGCAUGGGGAGUGGCCUCUUUCCGAGGACCCCAUUUAAUUUGGCUUUUACAGCGAGGAAUCAAUAUUUCCAUUCUUCUGUCAUAAGGCUAAAGAAGCGACUACAGCCCGAACCUCCUCCCAGAGAGCUGGACCUGCUACGCUAUGACAUGAAGGACUUGUGGAAGAGUCCCAAACCAGCUCUGUGGUUGGGGUUUGCCGGACUGAUCCCCUUUGUUGCCCCCCCUCUCUUCAUGGGCGUGACUGAAAGCUACCUUCCCGAGUUUGCCUACGCUCAGGUGGCCUACGCCGCCUCCAUCGUUUCCUUCCUGGGCGGAGCUCGUUGGGGGUUCGCCCUCCCUGAUAGCAGCCCGGCUAAACCUGACUGGAUUAACCUGAGCAACAGUGUGAUUCCUUCACUCUUAGCCUGGGUUACCAUGCUAAUGGCCGACAGCAUUGUUCCUGCAGCAACCAUGGUUAUCAUGGCAUUGGGAAUCUCACUUCACUAUGAUCUGUCACUGCUGCCCACUUACCCCAGCUGGUUUAAAGCCCUGCGUGCCAUCUUGACCAUGGUGGCAUUUUUUUCCCUAGUUGGUACACUCAUCGCACAUGGAAUUUACCCAGAGAAGAAUUUGUUUUCAGAGUGAGAAAACAUGCAGAGAUUAUAGACAGUCUUGUUGCAUUCAUGACAGCGUUCACGAUAGAUGUUUUGCAGAAAGGGGAUAGCUGUCAUUGUUUUAUUUUGAGUGAACACAGAAAUUACAUUAAAAAUGGUUUGAGAUGGUUUUGGAUGAUGACAAAUUAAUUGCUCAGAUAUAUGGUGGAUUUGAAAUUAUUUAUUCAUUCAUCUUCCGUUCCGCUUAUCCUCACUAGGCUCACGGGCGAGCUGAGCCCAUCCCAGCUAACAUCGGGCGAGAGGCGGGGUACACCCUGAACUGGUUGCCAGCCAAUCGCAGGGCACAUUUGAAAUUAAAUCAAUCCAAUUAGUAAAUCAACUAUUAUGAUACAAUAUGAAACAAAAUCACAGUGCUUGCAGAGUUUUCGAUUAACAUGUUUGAGGUCAGAGCAAAUUGAUAUUGGACAGGUCCAACCAUGUUUUUGUGGUCCACAGGGAAGAAAAGGGACCUUCCUUACACCAUUCCCACAAAGUUGAAUGCAUAACAUUGUCCAAAAUGUCCUAAUAAGAUUUAAGAUUCAGGGGGAACUUGGGAAUCCAACCCAAAUCCACACUUUAAUUAUAUUGUGUAUUUAUCAUAUCCUCAUACAGUUUACAACUUGGCAAAUAUAGUCAGUGUUACGUCUUCAAAGGCUGGAUAAGACAACUUGGAAGCAGUGACACUGGUGAGGUAAAGUACAUUAUGUAAGGUGCCGUCUGAAGUAAUCACUGCUUAAAUUUAGCCUUUGGGCUCAAGUGCACCCAGUGACAAAAAUCAGCUUGAGUGAAACCUUUUCAGUAUUAAUUCAUAAUCAUGUUCAAUUUAUGGGUUCUGUGGUGACACAAUGUCAAUAUUACAACAUUUGGUACAUCUGCGCAGGUUAAUCAGAUCCAGUAGAAGCGCAAUGAUCAAUUCUGUCACUUGUAUCGGUCAAUUUUUAUUAGAUUGAACCAAACAGUCAGGUCCACAAGGUGUGUACAUGAACAGAACGGAACAUGGUGUGACUUUUUAUGAUUUUGAUUUAACCACCCUAAAACUAUAUGCAAUUGAAGUGUAGACUAGAAGUUUUGCUAAAAUUUUACAUUUUGGAUUGACAGAAUUUUUAUGUAGAAUAGAUUACUGAGAUGGCGGCACGGUGGACGACUGGUUAGAGCGUCAGCCUCACAGUUCUGAGGUGCAGGGUUCAAUCCCCGUCCCCGCCUGUGUGGAGUUUGCAUGUUCUCCCCGUGCCUGCGUGGGUUUUCUCCGGGCACUCCGGUUUCCUCCCACAUCCCAAAAACAGGCAUUAAUUGGAGACUCUAAAUUGCCCGAAGGCAUGACUGUGAGUGCGAAUGGUUGUUUGUUUCU